GUCGUUUUACACUCCAAACCAUGACAUCACUCUAAUAUACAUUAAAUCUCGUUAUUAUUCAAGUGAAUGAUGGUCAAUAAAAGUUUGCUUACAGGCCUGAGCAAAACCAUAUCGCAAAAAUGUCUAUGCUAUUAUUAACAUUCGAAGGUACCAUUUUUAUAAGAUAUCGAAGAUCUUAAAAUACAUAAUAUUUGGAGUUAAGAACGUUUUGAUGUAGGAGUAAGAGUUGUUACUUGAGAGCUAUAUUUUAUCGACAUUGUGAAAGCUCUGAAAAGGUUGCUUUGAUGAUUUUCUAGAAACACCUAAAAAAACAUUAAAAACUUGGGCAGAAUUGAAAUAAAUAUCGGUAAGAUAGGUUAUGUCGACAUUGGCGCCAAAAUUAUCCUAAUUUUUGAAUUCUGCUUGAUCUACAAUUCAUACGAAAAUAUUAAAAAUGGCUUAGGAACUGAAACUAAUGUCCCAUUUCGAAUUGACUCAUAAGGGAUUUGAUUAAUAAAGCAUGGAUUCUUCCCAUGAGGAUAGUUUAAUGCCACUAGAAUGGAAUUUUCGGAGAAAAGCAUGUUACUACUUGGGCCAUAUCACUGUAGAGCCAACUUUGUAUUUGUAUAUGAUGGCGUUUAUGAUAACUUCAGUAUUGGAGAAUGCUUUUUUUAUAGAUAAAGCAUGUAGGGUUAACCACCAUUUCAAUAGCACAGUGUGCGAUGACAUUGCCAAUGAAGUAUAUUCAGAUCUCAACAAAGAAGUUCAGGUGACAGUAUCGAAUUUCAAUUUGAUCAAUGACAUAGCUGGACAUACUGGCCAAAUCAUUCUUGCCCUUUUUAUGGGAGCUUGGUCUGACAAACGUGGCAGGAAAAUGCCACUCUUGCUAGGACUAAUUGGCAAGUUCUAUUAUUCUUCCAUGGUUGUGGUAAAUUCAAUGCAACCUACAUGGCCUGUGGAAUACGUAGUAUAUACUGCUACACUCCCCAUGGCUUUCACAGGGGCUGAUGUUGCAAUUUUUGCUGCUGCAUUCAGCUAUCUCGUUGAUGUUUCAAGUUCAGAAAAUAGGACACUCAGAGUCACCCUUUUGGAAGUCAUCUAUUUAUCAACGAUGCCCACUGGUAUAGCUUUAGGUUCAUAUUUAUAUAGAAGAGUGUUCAACAAAUCGUACACCAUGAUGUUCUCUCUAAAUGCAUUCCUCAUGUUUCUUUCCAUUGUUUACACAUUUCUUAGGCUCAGAUGGAGAACAACUGAUGAACAGAGUCCUUUGCCCAAGUUGAGAUAUGUACUGUGCGACUUCCUUGAUUACAAUCAUGUGGUUUUCACUUUUAGAACGAUUUUCCAAAAUAGAUUAGCAAAAAGGAGGAGAUACUUAAUGCUCCUUAUUUUGAUGAUGGGCCUGUACACUUUUCAAAGAGAUGAAAAGAACACCUGUUAUUUGUACUUACAGAAUGUUUUUCAUUGGAGUUUCCCGGAAAUUAGCAAUUUCAGUACCUUCAAAUCUGCCUUUCAGGAUAUUGGACUUAUAAUUGCAAUUCCACUUAUGAGCAGAGUUUUGGGAUGGAGAGAUACUAUAAUCGUGAUGAUUGGUGCCUUUGCCCAUACGGCAGCUAGAAUCUUCUUCAUCUUAGCUGAUACUGAUUUUAUGUUUUAUACAGGGGGAGCUUUCGCUGCUCUGGGCCCAAUCGUCGCUCCCGUUAUUAGAUCUAUGGUAUCCAAAAUUGUUGCUGUCACAGAAAAAGGAGCUGCUUUUUCAAUUCUUUCGGUGGCCGAUAAUGCGAUCCCAAUCAUUUCUGGCGUGAUGUAUAGCAAAUUGUAUAAUUUUACAAUUAAUUCUGAACCUCAAGCGAUUUUCUUCUUAACAAUGGCUACCCAAUUGAGCGUGUUGAUCACUAUUGUGUACAUUCAUUUCACAGCGAGACUUGAAGAAAACUUGGUGCAUACGGAAGAGAAGGAGGAAGAUUCGGACGUGUCAGAAGUUUCUAAUGCCUAAUUCAGUCUGAAAUUUUGAUAUUGUACAGUGUCUCGUUCCUCACCUUGAGUUCCUUCAUUCUUCAUAAGAAAUACUCUCAGAGUAUUUAGCGUUUAAUAAAUAAAACAUGUAAUAAAUAA